CAGGAUGGACGGAACCAAUGUGAAUGGCGGGAACGCUAAAGUGGCGCGCGACGUUUCUAACCUAAACAGUGUUAGUAUGCCGGAUUUACAGGAGUCUGAGAACAAAACGGCCGUCGCCGAGACCGUUGCUGAUACCGCCACUGAUAUGGACGGUCAAGAAGUGAACGGUGAUCUCAAGGGUUCUUCGAAGAAGACUCCUUCGACGGCGGUCAAAACUAAAUUGCGCAAGUUCAAGGCCAAUUCGACGAGUAGUAUCGAGAACGAUGUAAGCCUUUCCACAACGAGGGGUGGACGUAAGCGUAAGCUUUCGGAACCCGACGAUGUUAGUUCCGAGGAAUCCACCGAGUUUAAUGGAUUCGAUUUACAAGGGAUCGAUGAAUUCGAUACGGGAAGUCAUGUAUUGAAGAAGCUCAUUGCUGAGGCAGGAAUUACAGAGGCUCAACUUACAAAACGCUGUAGGUAUUUGGUGCCAAAAAAGAACUUCGACGUUAGAAAAGAUGAAGAUCAAGACUCGGAUGAAAAUAAAAUACGUAUAUAUGACAUGGAACAAUUCGAUAUUGAUAAAAUCAAAAAAGAAAGAGAAUCUGAUACAGAUUCUAUCGGUAUGGCAAAUAGCAUAGAAUUAGAAAUGGAACAGCAGAAAGCCGAAGAAUCGUCUAUUAAGUCUGUAAAUUCGUCGUCUACUACAAGUAGUCCAUCUGCAGUGUCGUUGAAGUCUAAAGGAGGUAGGAUAUCGCGCGGCGCAAGUCCGGGAAGUGCGUUGAAACAAAAAACAACAAUCGACAUGUCAAAUCCAGCUUUUAAGGAACCAUUCAAGUAUGGAUGGAAACGAGAACUGGUAUUCAGAGCUAGUAAUGACUCGAGCCUUAAACGAAUGGCUGAUAUAUAUUAUUAUACACCAAAGGGAAAAAAAGUAAGAAGUUUUAGAGAAGUAGCGGAAUACCUUCAUUCAAGAGAAUUAACCAUUGAUAAUUUUACAUUCUUCAAAGAACCUAUUGGCUUAGACGAUCCUGAAAAAGAAAUAAUUCGAGAUGCAAAGAGGAUAAGGGGUUCAAUAGGAUCCGCACCUACGCCGCCAAGAAGGUCCUUCGGUUCUAAGAAAGUUAUGAGCACGCGGAAACCUACCGAAGAACACGUUCCAGCAUCGUCACCUGCACCAGCAGUUGCCGUUCCACAAACAGCAGUAUCAACCACACCUGCGAAAACCGCUGCCAGAUCACCAAAAACAGCUAGCAGUUUCAAAGUUAAAGUGCCUGCAAAGAAAACUCCACAAAUAACAGAAAUAAAAACAUCAUCGGAGGAGAGAGAGAUGUUACCGCCACAACGAAACGCGACGAGUACAAGAAGAAGUCAACAGCCAGUGGAAAAAGCACCACCUGUUAAAAGCAAACGAUUAUUAACGCCCAAAGUACAAGAACCAUGCAGCAUAAGAUGUUCAACAAGUAUGGGACUGAUUCCCAGUUUACAGUGUCGCGUAUGCCUUUGCUUAUAUCAUCCUGAGUGCGUAGAUGGCUUGGAAUUUUCAGGAAGUGAUGAUUACAUUUGUAAGAAUUGUCAACAAGAUUCUACAGAAACUCAUCAACAUCAAUCGAUGAAUCCAUCUUUAACACCACCUCCGUUGAUUCCAAUCAGCAUGUUAGGCACACAAAAUGUCAAACAAAAGCCACAAACAAGCUUAACUCCACCAAAAUUGCAAAGAAUUCCAAAAUCAGAGAACGCGGAUAUACAGUCACGUAGUACUAGUAAAUUUUCUAAAACAGCAACAACAACGACAAGUUCGACAUCGCCGUUGGAGAAGAAGGAGGAUACUUGGUUUCCUCAAUCAGAGAAUGAAUUUUUGCAAAGUCAUGAUGGAAUAUUACCAAAACCAGCGCAAAAUAUUGCUUUGAUGGGAGGCAAAAGAUAUAUAGUUGUACCAAAGAAUAAUGCAAUGGCAGUUCAACCAGCCAUUACAGUAAAACCUGAUAAAAUUGGUGACAAACCACCGAUGUUACAGGAAAGUUCUUUAAUUGAUAUAUCCAAUACAAUGGAGAAUUCAACCAUUACAAAUAUAGGUAUUUCACCUUCAACCAAAAUAUCUGGUGCCAAUGAUAUGACUGAAAGUAUCUAUGAUAGAGAAUUGUCGAAAGACGUUUCUGCUUCGUGUGGAUCUUCUGAUGACACGAAUGAAACGUUGGACAGUAAUAUUAAUACGAAUACUUUGAUCAAUACGAAUACGUCUCUGUUAGAAAAUCAAAUUUUAAAUGCAAAAGCAUAUUCAUCGAUUGAAACAAGAAGAACGAGUACUAGAUCACCUAAUAAAAAACCAAUGUCUUCAAUGGCAAUACAAAAUAAUAUAAGUAUAUUUGGUAUAGACAGUGAAGUGACUAAAACAGAUAUAAAACAAAUAGUAAUUAAUACGAAUGUAGUGCAGAUGGGUAAUAGAAGAAAACAAAAUCAACAGGAGUCAAAUCUACAACAUCACUUUAUGGAUAAUGUAUGUGCGGGUUAUCAUGCAUUAUUACGAAUUUUUCAAUAUCUCAAGGUGCAAGAGUUGUUACGCGCAGCUCGUGUUUGUAAAAUGUGGCGAGAUUUGGCUGCGCAUCCUUCUUUGUGGAAAACAGUAAGAAUGAAGAAUAGCCAAGUAACAGACUGGGACGGUUUAGCAGAUACAUUACAAAGACACGGCACACAGCAUUUGGAUCUCAGGAAAAUGCUUGUAGCUGGAGAAUCAGAUAGUAUUUGGAGAAAGUUUCUGUCUGUAAUACCUAGAGUAACCAGCCUUGUUAAGUUAGAGUUAUGUAGAUGCCCCGUUAUGGUAGUAGAAGAAGUCAUUAAAAGUUGUCCGCAAUUACAAGUAUUGAGUGCAAUGACAAUCAAAUGUGACUCUUUAAAUCUGCAAUCUGUUGGCAAUCUUAAACAUUGUCAAGAAUUAAGACUCAAGGCAAUAAGUGGAAUGUCUUUGCAAGAAGAUCUUACACCACUACAAGAAUUAACACAAUUAACGCAACUGAGUUUAACGUCAGUCAAAGAACUUGGAAAGAAGAAAAUUGAUAUAAUACAAACAUUAAUAAAUUUAGAAACGUUGGAGUUGGGGGAGUGUUCAGAUUUUCCAGACAAGUUUGGAACAUCGGUUUUAAUAAAAUUACAAAAACUGGAACGCCUCCGACUCGAAAAGGGCCAAGGAUCUUGCUGUACAUUUGAUAUUUUAGAAGGUGUUUCAAAAUUGGGAAAUUUAAACCAAAUGGAGUUAGUUAAUUUUGAUGUAAAAAAUGGUUUUGAUAAGUGUCUUGCUAAUUGUAAAAAUAUUAAGAGGUUACUGAUUAUACCGACCUACAUAUCACAAUCAGCUACUUCAAAUAACAUGGUACUUGGUGGCGUUACCGAAUUGUCACACAAUUUAACGCAUUUUGUUUGGGGCGUAACUCUUGAAUUACUGAGAGUUACGGAAUUGUUUGUUGACCAGUGCAAUUUGAUGAAUAAACAGGUUACUGGAGAUUCUAUACCAGUUUUGAAACCAGUACCCUGUUUAAAAUUAAUCGAAGAUGUCGAGGAUGAAAAUGAUAACCAAAAAGGUGAAGAUAAACAGUUAAAUAUGACGAGUCCACAAGUCGAUAUUCUACCAUUACCGCAACUUCAAAAACUUCUUUUAACUGCAUUACCUAAGACACGUGUUAAAAUUCUAAAGAUUCCCUUCCAUGCCACAUGGCGACAGAGCAUUUCUGAUACUACUACACAAUAAAUAAAGAUAAAACAUAAAAUGUGUAUCAAAGAAAAUAUAAAUGUAAAAGGAACAAAUGUAAAAGAAACACAAGUUAUUCGACACGCGCAUGUGUUUAAAAGUUUUGUAAAUUUGACUCUAUAGUGUUUGCACAACCAAUUACAAUGUUUAUAACUUGGAUGAGAAAUAA